UUGUAGGAGGAAGAAGAAGCGACGUCAUCAAUGGGUUUCAGUCCGCCGGUGCCGCAGAACGACAGCGACUGGGAGAUCCGGGUGGCGAUGCUGCUCAGCCUCGCCCUGCAGAUACUCCUCAUCUUCGUGGGGCCCAUGCGGAAGCGCUCCUCCCACCCGCUGCCCCGCUUCGCCGUCUGGUCCUGCUACCUCCUCGCCGACUGGGUCGCCGACCUCGGCCUCGGCCUCCUCCUCAACAACCUCGGCAACAUCGGCGGCAACAGCAACGGUGGUGCUCCCUCCUCCACCGUCUCCCAGAACGCGCACCUGCUGUCCUCGCCCGGCGGCUUCAAGCGCGGGCCCGGUGGCGGCGGCGGCGGCGGCGGCGGCAGCCCCCCCAUCUUCGCCUUCUGGACGCCGUUCCUGCUGCUCCACCUCGGCGGGCCCGACACCAUCACCGCCUACUCUCUCGAGGACAACGAGCUCUGGCUGCGCCACUUGAUUGGCCUGCUCUUCGAGCUCUUCUCCGCCUUCGUCGUCUUCUCCUGCUCCAUCAGGAGCAACCCCAUGAUCCCGGCCACCGCCCUCAUCUUCGUCGUCGGCAUCAUCAAGUACGGCGAGCGCACCUUCUCGCUCUACUCCGGCAGCGUCUCAGGAUUCCGCAACAACAUCCUCGGGGACCCCAACCCGGGCCCCAACUACGCCAAGCUCAUGACGGAGUUCGACUCCAAGCAGAAGGCCGGCCUGCUGGUCGAGGUCGUCAUCGCCGACGGAGAGGCCAGCAAGGCCAAGGCUGAGCUAGAGGAGGGCGAGGAUGUCCGGCUUGUGAUUGCCAGCGAAAAGAGCCUGGAGGCCACGGCGUACGACUUCUUCCAGAUGUUCCGGGUGCUGUUCGUCAACCUCAUCCUCAGCUACAAGGAGCGCAGGAUCAGCCAGGCCUACUUCCUGGAUCGCCAAGACGUGACGGCCAGCACGGCGUUCGAGGUGGUGGAGGUGGAGCUCAACUUCAUCUACAACAUGGUGUACACCAAGGCGCCCGUGUCCCACACCAGGCGAGGCUGCGUCCUCCGCGCCGUCGCCACCGCCUGCCUCGUCGUCGCCACCGUGCUGUUCGUGCUGCUGGACAAGGCCGGCAUCCAUCCCGUGGACCGCGGCAUCACCUACGCGCUGCUGCUCGGCGGGCUGGCGCUCGACGCGGCCGCCUUCUUCAUGCUGCUGUCCUCCAGCCGAAUGCUGGUGUACCUGGAGGAGAGCAAGCCGCCACAGGAGAAUAAUAAGCUUGUUGUAAAAUGGCUUGCUCGGGUGUCUAGGGCCGUGCGGCGGCGGACAAAGCGGUGGUCGGAGCGGACCUCGCAGCUGAACCUUAUCAGCUACUGCCUAGGCAAGCCCAAGGAGGACAUUGCCGGCCGGUGGUGGUGCUGCCGGUGGACGACCCACCCGCGCGUGAUGCCGUCUCUCAUCUAUGUCGCCGACAAGGUGGGGUUGAGGGAGACGUUGGAUGACUUCUUCUUCAUCCAGCGCCGCCCAGUGAGCUGCAGGCAUAUUAACGACGACGACGACAAGAGGUCGCGCUGCUGCUGCUGGUGGUGGCAGAAGGAGACGAAGCAGCCUGUCGUCCACAUCCUCGAACAUGUCUUCGAUGGGCUGAAGAAGACGGCCCAAACAGUGAAGGACUCCGACUACACCGAGAUGAAGAAGCUGUGCGACAACCGUGGCCAAGGGACCCUCGUGGAAAAGGAGGAGAUCAUCAAGGAGCAGCUAACCUGCAAGGUCGUCGUAACACAACCACCAGAUCAAGAUGACGAUGAAGCUGGAGGAGGAGAGGCGGUGGUGGAGGAGCUGCUACACGUCCUGCAGGACAGUGUGCGGAGGGAGUUUGAUGAGUCUCUGCUGCUGUGGCACAUCGCCACCGACCUUUGCUCCUCCCCUUCCACUUCCCCUUCCGAACGGCAAGGCGCUGACACGGGUGGUGACAUCGAUGGGUUGAGAUCCAUCAGCGAGACCCUAUCGGAGUACAUGCUGUACCUCCUCGUCAGGCAGCCGGAGAUGCUGUCGGCCACGGCCGGCAUCGGCCUGCUGCGCUACCGGGACACCUGCGCCGAGGCCAAACGCCUCUUCAAGUCGGCGGCGGCGUGGGAGCCCGGCCACCAGGACACCCAGCGGAUGCUGCUCGCCGUCAACACCUCCAAGAAGCCGGCGGAUGUGAAGGGCGACCUGAGCAAGUCGGUGCUGUUCGACGCCUGCAUCCUGGCCAAGGUGCUCCGCCAACUCGACGGCGACACCAUGUGGAGGGUGGUGGCCGGAGUUUGGAUGGAGAUGCUCACCUAUGCGGCCGGAAGGUGCCAUGGCAGCACGCACGUGCGCCAGCUCAGCCGCGGCGGCGAGCUCAUCACCCUCGUCUGGUUUCUCAUGGCACACAUGGGGAUAGGUGACAUGUACCGGAUCCAUGAGGGAGAAGCCAAGGCCAAGCUCAUUGUCCACGACCAGUAGUCACCACCCAUACCAUGCAUGCCUGCAUAU